CACCACGCUGCCUUCUCGAAGUUCCGGCAGAGUCCCUGGUGGGCAGGGUGGGGCAGAUGUGAUGGCCUCGCCUUCCUCAGGCGUGCAGCCCUCCCUCUACCUCACUGCCUGUCCCCUGGGCUCAGGCCCCCAUCCUGUGCUUGUGCCCCAUGAGGAUGGGAGCAUCCCUGGGGGGCUACUGGAUAUGCGCACGAGAAUCCCGGCUGAGAGGAGGCGGCAGAGACUCGGGGGAGGAGCGGGUAGCACUGGGUCCUGUUCCGCGUGUCGCAGCCAUGAGUUCAGUGGCGGUGAGGCUGCGGGGGCGGCGGUGUGGUCCAGUUGCCCAGGCCUCAGCCGGGUGCGGGGCGGUGGACCACGCAGGUGAGGAGGGGGUGGCGCCUUGUCAGUGCUGCUGCUGGCGCGGAGCCAAGAGGAGCUCAGAGCUUCAGGACAGGUGGCUGGCAGUGCCGGGCGCUGGCUAUGUGCCCAGCCUCCGCCCUAGGCACGGGACCAGCCGUGGGACGGACGGGCUCCCGAGACGCCUGGGCAGCUGGCCUCCUACCGUUGCCCCCAUGCGGAGCCCCUCCUUUCUCUCGCGACGGCCGCCGCCGCUGUUCCUACUGCUGCUGUCGCCGUGGCCAGUCUGGAUCCAGGCGCCCCCCGCAGCCGCCCCCGCGGCAACCCCGGGCGCCCCGGACUGCCCCGAGGCGUGCGCGUGCGCGCCAGAGGGCCAGGCCAACUGCUCCGGGCGCGCGCUGCCCGCCGUGCCAGGGGGCCUGAGCCAGCGCGUGCGCGCGCUGCUGCUGGACCACAACCGCGUGCGUGCGCUGCCGCCCGGCGCCUUCGUGGGCGCUGGCGCGCUGCUACACCUGGAUCUGCGCGAGAACGGACUGCGCUGGGUGCACGCGCGAGCCUUCUGGGGCUUGGGCGCGCUGAAGCAGCUCGACCUCAGCGCCAACCAGCUGGAGGCGCUGGUGCCCGGCACCUUCGCUCCGCUGCGCGCGCUUUGCGUCCUCUCUCUGGCCGGGAACCGGCUGGCGCGUCUAGAGCCCGCGGCGCUGGGCACGCUCCCGCUGCUGAGCACGCUCAGCCUGCAGGACAACGAGCUGCCUGCCCUCGCGCCCGCGCUCCUGGCGGGCCUGCCCGCUCUCAGCACGCUGCGACUGCGCGGCAACCCCUGGGCCUGCGGCUGCGCGCUGCGCCCACUCUGCACCUGGCUGCGCAGGCACCCGCUGCCCGCGCCAGAGGCCGAGACGCUGAUCUGCGUGUCGCCGGGACGCCUGACGCUCAGCCCCUUGACCGCCUUCCCCGACGCCGCCUUCAACCACUGCGCGCGGCCCCUUGCCGCGCGGGAACUGGCCGUGGUCUACGCGCUCGGGCCCGUCUCCUUCCUCGCUAGCCUGGCCGCCUGCCUGGCGCUGGGCUCCAUGCUUACCGCCUGCCGCGCGCGGCGCCGCCGCGCCGCCGCCCGCCGCCCGCCGAGGAGUCUGCCGGAUCCCGGUGCCGGCAUGGCCUCGCCUGCGGCAGUCGCCGCCGCCGAAGCCUGAGCGGGCCGCGGCCGCCCUCGAACCUUCGCCCUAUCCCCUGCCCUUCUUCGCACUCCCUGCAGGCGUCAACAAGCGACACAGAUAGAA